UCCAUCCUGCAGCGAUGCAAGCGAAUUGAGCGCAAUGGCGCGGCGGUUGCGUUUUUAAUCAUAAUACACCAUUUGCAAUUGCUAUGCAAAUGCACAAGUCUUCGCCGCGCUGACUCGCUGAGCAUCUCGGAGGUCUACCGACGCCACAUUCGAGGCCUUGAUGGAGCACCGCGUCGUCGAACGUUCAUGUACUGGAUUGCGGCGGCUAGCAAAUUUGCCGCUGUUGCCCUUGGAGGCUCGAUUUACACUCUUGCCAUUGUUGCAUUUGCGAAUUUGCGGGUGCCCUUGAUGAAGUCCGUCGGUAAUCUUGCAUGGCAAUUGUCAAACCUGCUUCGAGAUCCUGAACCUACUACACCGGCAGGUCAGGCUAUCAUUCAGCACAUUAUUCCAGCCGUCGCCAGCCUACGCCAAUUGCUUCCUUUGACUUUCGAUACUCUGUUUCCACGGACAGUCCUGGCUGAACUCAGCAUGUCAACAGACAAGAUCGCAUGCUGGAAUCUAGUACAAUCGGACGACGCACUGAACUCGCUGGAUCUCAAUACGUUUAAACCUAUCCCUAGAAAUCUUGCCGUCUGGGCGCCAUGCGCUUCGGUACUCGAAGAAUCUCAGCACAUUCACCUAACGACCGUUAGCCAUCGCAUAUUCCGCCUUCAAUAUGAGGAUCCAGCAAGCUUUGAUCCGCCCUCACCUUUGACGGAUAUCAGUGACAAUGAGAUGGAGGUUGAGAGCAGCGGCGCAUGCCUAACUGCCGAGCCGUCGCUGUCUAGCUCACAUGGUGCCACUGUGACGCUGCAGGGGUUUCAGCUAGAUCUGGACCAGCAUCAACGGUACCCGGUACCACAGGACGAGGACGAAGCCUUUUCAUGGACCGAAGAGCAGCGUUCUCUUGCGGAGACAGCGAGCAAACAUGACAGUCUUACCGAGUUAAGAGCGAAGUUGUCAAGUAUGUACAGCAAAGGCCGUCGGGUUGAUUAUCAGGAAUACGCCAGGAUCGGGCUGUCAGAUGCCAAUGGUCCGCUCAGGAUCGAGGAUGAGCACGGGUCUUUGGUGGGCUGCAUCUUCUCAAGCAUGCCGGACUCUAUGCGACAGACACUGGGGUUGAAGAUGAUCGCAUGUUUGGAUGCACAGUCGGCCAAUCUUGAAGAGACCGACUCGGCGUCCGAGGGCAGAAGCUACCGCUUCCCAGCCCUACAUUUCUCUUGGUACAAUCGUCACGGCAUGAGGGGACAUAAAAUCCCUUCGAACCUGCAUCCCAUUCUCAUGGAGAAGGAAGAUCACUCCCGCACUAACUACGCACAGAUGCUCCCUUAUCCCUCUCGAGACAUGAGCAAAUUCGAGGAGAUAUAUCACAAUCUGGAGGAGAUUUUGGGAGACGUGUUUGAGUUCAUGGCCGAGCAGGCAAGAUAUUUACUGAUCAAGGAAUCGUUGCUCGAAGAGUACGAAAUCCUCAGCAUGGAUGCGGAAGUCCUCCCAGGGAACGAGCACUCCAUAGUGCAUCCCUUCCUCUCACUUGUUAUUAACAUCAACGUUGCCACUUUGGCUCAC